AUGAAGGUCUUCUGUCUGCGGUCCAAGUCUGAUAGUGAAGACUGCACCAAGAACUAUAUUCUCAAGAUUCAAACUCAGUUCGGCAAGAAGAUCAAGUUCGUUCGGCAUGAUGGAGCGCACGAGUUCGCGACCAACUCGAUCAAGACCUUCUAUGAAGAUCAAGGUAUCGAACAACAGAUCACGGUGCCGUAUGCACACCAGACCAACGGCACUGCAGAACGCGCGAUACGGACCAUCGUCACGAUCGGACGCAGCUUGUUGCAUCAUGCAAAUCUGGAAAAGCAUUUCUGGGCUGAAGCGGCAAUGACGACGAUCUACAUCAAGAACCGCCUGCCGUCACCCAGGAUCGACCACAAGACUCCGUUCGAGAUCGUGUACAAGUCGAAGCCAAGCGUCAAGCACAUGCGCGUGUUUGGAUGUCAAGCGUACAUCCUGACACUAAAGGUGAAGCGAAUGAAGUGUGACUCGAAGGCUCGUGCACGGAUGUUCAUGGGCUACGAAGAAGCGUCAAAGGCGUACCGAGUGUACGACAUUGAGGCAGGCCAAGCGGUGAUCAGUCGUGACUUCACCUCCGACAAAUCGACUUUUGACUUUUCGAUGAGCCGAUCAAGUGACGACGAUAAAGAUGCGGAGUUGGACCUCAACCUCCUGGCGAUCAACAAUGACGACGUGCGUCAGAUCACCUACAAGCAGACUGGCAAGCGCAAGAGUGAAGCAAGCACCGGCAUGUCACGAUCAUCUCACCAUCGAACUGGGUUGGAACAAGCAAGUGUGCCGGAACGCGUCUCCAACCGUCACCAGAAACGACGAUCAAGUGCUCCCGAAACGAUGUCUGAUGACGAAGAAGAUUUAGGCGCCUACGAUCAAGAUGACGACUUUGAUCGUUUGGAGUUGGUGAAGGCGAUCUACGGUCUCAAGCAAGCUUCGCGGGUAUGGAACGAGAAUUUCGACGUGUUCGUGUGCUCCAUCGGUUUCGAGGUGCCGGCGUUCGACCCAUGUCUAUACAUCAAGAUCGCUCGAGUUGAUUGCGCAACGAAGGCUGAUCUCAAGACACGCUUCGAGAUGACCAACAGUGGCAAGUGUACUUUUGUACUUGGCAUCGAACUGGUGGACGGCUUGGAUGGCAGCGUGACGAUGUGCCAGCGACGGUAUGCCAACGACGUCUUCAAGCGUUUCGGCAGGUAUGAGUGCAAGGCCACAGCAAGUCCGGUCGGUUUGAGCACUCGGCUUGUCGCAAGCAGCGAAUCGGCCAAGAUCAACGUUCCGUUUCGCGAAGCUGUUGUAUCUCCAAUGCACUUAACGACUGUGACGCGCCAUCGCGUAUGCUGUGGGGUACUUCUCACACUUCAUGGAUAA